UUGCCACCAUUUAUUAUGAUCCACACAGUCAAAGGCUUUAGAAUAGUCAAUAUACAGAAAUAGAUGUUUUUCUGGAACUCCCUGCCUUUCUCCAUUAUCCAGCGGAUAUUGGCAAUUUGGUCUCUCGUUCCUCUGCCUUUUCUAAACCCAGCUUGUACAUCUGGCCACUCUUUCUCCAUGUACUGCUAGAAUCUUCCUUGCAGGAUCUUGAGCAUUACCUUACUGGCAUGAGAAAUAAGGGCCACUGUACGGAUGUUUGAGCAUUCUUUAGCAUUUCGCUUUUUUGUUAUGGGGAUAUAAGUUGAUUUUUUCCCAGUCAGAUGGCGUUUGCUGGAGGUGUAUCUCUAUACUGUACGAUUAAUGUACCUUGGCUGCCAUGACUCUGCUAUGGAGUCAAGGGAGUUGUAGUUUGGUGAGGCUGAGAAGGCGAAUUUCUGUGAGUCCAGAGCAUUGAGCCAUUGCAUUUAAAAUGAUGUCAAACUAAAUUAACUCUACAAUAUAGACUCACUCCUAAGGUGCAUCUACACUGUCAAUGUAAUGCAGUUUGAACCCACUUUAACCCCCCUGCCUCAGUGCUGUGGAAUUGUGGGCUUUGUAGCUUGCAGCAUUCUUUGGCAGAGAAGGCUGAAGGCUACAACUCCUUGGCAUUGAGCCACAGCAGUUAAAGUGGUGUCACACUGCUCUAAUUCUACACUGUAGAUCUACCCCUAGUUUGCUAAACCAGCCUCUCACCUCAGGCAGCCCUAGGAUUUCAAGGGGAAAAUGAACAUAGAAAAUGAGAACACUGCUCUGUAAAACAGAAAUGGAAAAGCACUGCUCUUGAUUCAGUGCAAGUGUGGAAACAGUUGUUUCAUGAUAUUUUUAACAUUACUGGGAUUUCAUGCAAUCCUGGUGCGGUUUGGAAGAGAAUGGACCAUGGACGAUGGGACUUGCAUAUGGGAGUUGUAGUUCACCUGCACCCACUGACCCACUGAACACAGCUGAUAUUGGAUCUAGACUAAACUUGAAGCACAGACAAACAAUGCCUUUCUCAAAUAACCCGGGCACUGCCGGAUCCCCAAGCUAGUACAGGAAUAAAAUUGAAUUUCACCAUUUCACAAAUAAAAGUCAUACUGAAUAGCAAUCUCAGAGGGGAAAAAAGUUGGGAACAUAUUUGUCUUUUUUGAGGCCUAUGGUAUGUUUUUUGUGGCUUUACAUGCAUAAUAAUAAUAUUAUAAAGUUUUAAAACCAAGGAACACUCACGGUGUUCUGAAGUUUGUUACUGUUAUAUACCUUCAAGUAAUUUUCAAAUUAUGACAACCUUAAGGUGAGUCUAUUAUAGGAUUUCUGUGGCAAGAUUUGUUUGGAGGUAGUUUGCCAUUGCCUUCCUCUGAGGCUUGAAUUGCUCAAGGCUGCCCAGUGGGUUUCCAUGGGUAUGUAUAGAUUCAAAACCCGGUUUGCCAGCGUCCUAAUCCAAGAUACCACUAACCCACGUGGGCUCAGAGAUAGCAUAAGAAAAGUCUUGGAUUGAAUAUUCUACUUUACCAGGACCCACUACUGCCUGGAACCAGUACUGUUAAGAGUAGUUUCAUCUGGCUUCGGAGAAUUUUCUUUUCUGAAAAAAGUGCUUCUCCAGAAGGACCAUCUACUGAGUAUCACAUAUUUUGGCACCAUAAGACGCUGUAAAUUUCAAGAAUAGGAGGCUAGAAAAAAGAAGCAAACAUGCCAUCAGAAACAGGAAAAACAGAUAUGGAGAGGAUUGGCCUCUUUAGUGAAAUGGAAUAUGUUACUAUUGGGGAUAAAUAUGUCUCACCAUAUAGCCGCCCUUUCAAUGAAGCUGCAAGCAAAAACAAGCAAAUGUUGCCAGGAGGCAGUAAAGAAAAGUCAGCCACCCAGGCUGGUUAUUUUGAUCCUGUAUUUUCAAGAAUAAUGGAAGGUGAAAGUUAUAUUAAUCCCGUUCAGAUAAGGAGACGAUAUCGAAUGGCAGAGGCAAAGAAAAACCUGGGAGACAAAGCCUUCCUCCCCAGUAAUGGUGAUAAAUAUCCUUGUGGUGUAGGAACUUACUAUGGAACAAUUGGAGGUUCAUUUCCUUAUUUUAACCCACAAACAAAAGACAAAGUUGCAUACGUUCCACCUGGCAAGAAUCUGUAUACCAAUCCUGGGAAGAAAGGAACCGGCUAUGGGUAUCCAAAUGUCACCAUAGGUAAACAAUAUUCACACUCGGUUGAAUUAUUUGACGCUGGCAGGAUAAACUUUAAGAAAAUAACAGAAGAACACCGUCGUCUAAUGAAAGGUGGUCCUUUCAAGUUGAAUCUCUAUCCCCGAGAAUAUUUUGAUAUGAAUCCUUACCACGAUGACAAACCAUUACCAGGAGUAAAGAAACAACCUGCUGCAGUAAUACCAAUCCACCAACCUUUUAAGCCAAGUUCUCCUGGAAAGAAGCCUGGGGGCAUGAAAGCAGGCACGUUUGAUCCUUAUCCAACCCAUUCUGCAGACCCCUACAUCCCUAAGCUGCCUAAGCUUAUCACAACCAAUAAACAAGGACGCAUAUUUCAUCCGUCUCCUGGGGUGAAAAGCAGGCCAAUAAGAAGUAUCAUGGCUGCAAACGUUGUAAAGUCAUUAAAUGCAACGAACUACACAAAUCCACGUGUGAUGUCAUAUUAGCUGCCCAAAAGCAAGGUGAACAAACUUCCUAAAAUUCUGGGCACCUUAAGUAAAUAAAAAUGUGUAGCCAAGGGAAAUGAGUCUCAUAUAACAAUCCCUGUGCUGCAUGUGUUGUUGUAUUCCAUAGAAAUAGAAACAGAAGAUUAUAUAUGUAUGUGUGUGUAUAUAUAUAUAUGUGUGUGUGUAUAUAUUUUUUUUACUGAUAAUGAACUAAAUCUAGCAUCAUAUCAGUGGAUGUCUGCUAGUACAAGAGGGGGAAUUUCUGCCCAUCCAGUUCUGCCAACAAAAGCAGUGCUGUCAGUGGAUCUAUUCAGUAUAUUUUGCUAUAAAUUAUAUAUGGAUUUGUAGAUACUAUGUUUUCAAAAAAAUAAAUAUUUAUUUUUUGCUUAAGGAA